AUGUCUUUUGCCGAAGGAACUUACCACAUGUACACCACUCUCGCUAGCCACAAGGCCGUUGACCUUGAGGCAUCCGAGCCCACCGGCCGCGUCAUUGAAUACCAAACCCACGGCGGCAAAAACCAGCAGUGGCGCAUUGUCCGCAUUACCCACGAGGAAUACAGCAUCCAAUCUGUUGCCACCAACACUUAUAUCACGGCUCCGAAUGGAGACGAUGCCACGGCCCGAGCCUCCAAGCUGGCCCCUGAGUGUAACAGCGUUAGCCGUUGGAAGAUUGUAAAGGCUACCGCCAAAGGCGACUCCUGGGUCAUUCGCAAUGUGGCGUAUCCCAACAAGGUCCUCGACGUGUCUGGCAGCAACCAGGCGGACUUGACCCCCAUCCUCGUCUAUACGUACCACGGAGGCUCGAACCAGCAGUUUACCUUCACGGAGGUGUAA